UUUAAACACGAUCCCCCCCAGCCCGCGACCUUGCUUUUUUUCUUUACCUCCCCGUUCCCAGCUUGAGGGAAGAUUGCUCUUCAUACUGUCAUGAUCGCCGACUUACAUCAGCUGCAACACAUUGUAUUCCGCUUUGACUUUGCCGUCACUCCACUGGCAAACAACGCUCAGACUGCUGCUGGCCGCUUCCUCCUUUUGGACUGCGGCAUCCUUGCAAACUCGGACGACGGAGGCUAAGAGAGGUUAAUUCUCUUGCACUCUCUCGACUCGUAAAUAACUUUAUCGAACGCAACCCUUGUCCUUUAUUUUUUUUGUUAUCUUCGCUCGUAUCUCGAUUGCUUGUUUCUCGGCGGUUUCUUUUGUUUUUGCUAUUGUGCGCGCACACGUUGACAUUGCGCGUAUUCUCGUUUGGUCAAAUCUGGCUACGCAUCUCCGCCCAUUUGCUCGACGUUUCUCCCUUUCAUGGGCUGAGAAGCCCUUUGUCAAGCGAGUAGGAAGUUGCAGCCCGCGUGCUCUCUCUGGUGGGAGAGAGACCGAGUCUGUACUGUUGGCCGCCUCGGAACUGGAGCCAGAGUAACACACUCUAGAAUAUCUACCUUGUAUUAUCAAGAAAGGUCUCAUGUCUGCGACCACAACUACUACCAUUACUACAGUCGUUGGAGUACAACCUGCAACCAGGUCGGACACCGGAAUCCCUGAAAGCGUACAAAACAUUAGAAGCAUUCCGCAAAAAAUGCCCGCUUGCAUCCCUUUUGCGAGAAUUAUGUCGACAGUCGAAUUUCGCAACUUGCGGUUCGUCAUCCUCGACUGUCCUACUGCAAAUACCUUACCGAUGUAUCUUGAGGAGAUGAAGAAUCGCGGCGUGACCGACGUUGUUCGUCUCUGUGAACCAACUUAUGACAAGACCAUCUUGGAGAACAGUGACAUCAAAGUGCACGAUUGGCCAUUCAAGGACGGUGGUAUUCCACCUGCCUCCAUUCUGAACAACUUUCUCGCCCUGUGCGACGAUCGCUUCGCUGGUCUCGUGACCAUGCCAAAGGAUUACAAAGAAGGCACCGGUCCUGUAAUUGCAGUUCAUUGUGUUGCCGGUCUCGGACGUGCCCCAGUCCUGGUGACUGCAGCUCUCGUGGAAGCCGGGAUGGCCCCGUUGGAUGCAGUCGAGUUUGUUCGUCGUCGUCGGCGGGGUGCGUUGAACUCUGUUCAAUUGAACUGGAUCGUUGACUCGUACAAGAGGCAGUGGAAGAAAGGGAACAAGAGUGUGGGUGGUUUCCUCUCGAAACGCCCCAGCUCGCCUCAGCUUGAAAAGGACAACGCAUCUGUGCACGUAUCUCUUUCGUUGAAGGAGAGUUUUGGCAGGGUGUUUAGGUUCAGGAAGAGUAGCCCCGUGGACCAGACAGUGGUUUAGUAGCGCUUUUGGCGCAGAAUGGGAAAACAGCGGAAUUUUAUGGAAGAUCGGUGGGUCAAAGGAUGUGACGUUUGUUAUUGGUAUCCGUGGGAAAUACUGGUAUCAUAUAUGGAAGUAGGUUGUCGUUUAUUCUGAUGGGUCAUUAAAAGAGUAGGUUUUAUUCAGUAUCAUUGUAAAUUGUUGCUGUGAUCCAAUGCCAUAUGUAAGUCGCCGUUUCACUGACAA